UUCAAUCUCUAUAACGAUGUCGAAUGGUAUGUCUCAAGUGGUCGGCAAUAUAAGGCUUCUGGUCGCCUUCGGAAGACCCAUAAGAAAGAGAAGUGUUUUCGUCCUCGUUUUCCUCAUUGCCAGUUUUUUUGCAUUGCGAAACGUCAGCGUAACUACCACCCAUCCUCCUGCAGGAGGGGACCCAAAGGCCCCUCUAGAGGGCGAGUAUCUACAACUGGAGGACUUUGCCUCAGCCGUAGAGAAGCUUCACCGUUACGUCAGCACCGUCAGGAGUCGCUGCCGCCGAAUGGCGAGGUUUGGCGGCUGGUGACGUGUGAUGACUGUCGCAAAUGCAUCGUAGACGGAGGCAAGCUCCUCUGCCUCGAUGUAGACGUACGCCCCGUGCCUAACUCGUGCCACGCUCUGAGUUUUGGCAUCGGGUAUGACAUGAGUUUCGAAAAGGCUCUCGUCCAGUACGGGUGCAAAGUAACAGCCUUCGACCCAACGAGCAUCAAUUUGACCAAUACAGUUCAUCCGGGGAAUAUCCAGGCCAUACGCCUAGGCCUAGACGCUAGAGAUCACGAGUUCGUUCAGAAUUUCGCUGACCUUCGGCACCAAAAGACCGAGCAGCACCAAAUGUCUUAUAGGAAGUACCAGUCAGUCAUCGAGUUGUUAGACUAUCCUGAUGUUGACCUGCUGAAAAUAGAUAUAGAGGGUUCUGAAUGGAAGGUGUUCUCUCAGAUCCUCAGCUCUCCUAAAAGCCGUAAUUUACUGAAAAAUAUUCGCCAGAUAUUACUAGAAGUCCAUCUGGAUUUCCUAACCGCUGGAGACGAUCUGGAAACCACAUACUACAACGUGCUACAAGCAACAGCCGUGUUCGAACGCUUGGAAGGUCUUGGAUUUCAUUUAGCUGCGUUCGAACUCAACGAAUCUACCCUGUCGCAGUAUGUGCUUCAUAACGUGAAUGUUUCACUGUACAGGGAAAUAUCGCUUAUUAGAAGGACCACGAACCACUGACAUACGUUUGUACCAAAUGCAUGUGGUAAUAUAUAUUUAUUGCAAGACUAAUAUCUGAUCAGCAUUUUCAACAGUAUAUCAGUCACCCUUGUUCAUUUGUUGUCAUACGUACUUA